CACGCUGCGUAUCAGUUACUGUUCCUUACGCUGGGAGACAUAAUCCGAGUAGCAUUCUUCCCUGUGAAAGGGCUGCCAGCAUGCAAGAACUACCGUUGUUCCUGUCUUUCAUGCUAGGAGUUAUCAUCCAAGCGCUGUGGUUACCUAAUGUGUACUCAGCAUAUCUAUUACCACAGAAUCAGUCAGUGUGCUAUGAUACGGCGCCGUCGUGUCAGGCCGACCCUUCAAACACAAAGAUGACCUGGGAUGAGGGGAGAGAAAUUUGCAGGAGGUGGAACGGCUACUUGGCAAGGCCUGAAACAUUUACAAAGUCUCAAAUACGAGGUUGGAGCGAUCUCACGAGGAAGCAUGGCUACAUUCAGUCCGAAAGUGCAGCAGACGAGGAAGCCUUGGCUGCCCUUUCACGGAACGAAGAGUGGGCCCCAUAUAUCCUGUCACCGCAGACACACAGCCGGAAGGUGUGUUUUGCAGCGCUAUAUAAACGUGAUGCGUUUAACCGUGUGGUGCAGCGUCCGUGUGAUGAACCAUUGGAAGGGCUCUGUUCGUUACCCACCAAGGACGGUUCACUGAACAUUCCCAGGUGUCCAAGAGGUGGCUGGCUGGAUAUCGAUACCAGAUCCAAGUGUUUCUGGUACAACUCUACGGGGGUCAGUCAGGGCGAAGCCCAGAGGAUCUGUGAGAGCCACGGAGGUCAGCUGGCUCUGUUUAAAGGCUAUUCGUCGACCGAUACUUUAUUCACAGCUUGGCGUCGAUCAGAUGCCAGUACGACGGAGGGCCCGUUCUGGAUUCAUCCAAAGACUGGAGCCGACGGUCGAGCGAAGGCUGCAAACUGGGAACAGUCAUCGGACUACCGGAAAGGAGGAAGAACGCUUCGUGUCAACGGCACCCAUGACGCGUUUCAAAUGAAAUGGUCAACGACAGAGCCCUGGACGCGACAUCCUUUCAUCUGCGAGGCUCCUCUCAAAGCUGGAACACCUUGGCUUCGUGCAGGAAUGGAAAGAGCUGGAGACUCUGUGACUUUUACUUGCCACACAUCACCCGAGAUCAUAGAAGGGUCAAUCAUGUGGUUCAAGGACGGUCUGGCCAUCAAGGGGAACCGAGUCACCCCAGAUUCCAGUUCUCACACACUAACUCUACCGAGUGCUACGAGGAACAGUCCGUACUUACAAGGUUAUUAUUGGUGCGAAGGGAUCUCAAUUGACGGCUUUAAGGAGGUUGAAUCUCGAAAGCGGCUGCUGCAGUUCGCUGAUCUCGAAACCUUUAUCGGUUCAUGGAAUAUUACAACGACAGACAACAUCCCCGGACUGGACGACGUGUCAUCCCAGUCAUUCAUUAACUUCGCGAGGACCAUGCGCCAAGACAUCAUUAGAUUACUCUGGACGGUGACGAUGACAUCAGGGAAACAGACCUUCGGAGCCAACGCCCUAACAGAAGCGAGGGUCCUUGCCAUAAAGCAAUUUGGCUAUAACGAAUACAACGUUCGGUUUGCCAUAUAUUAUCGGACAAGCGGAGGUGGCAAGCCUCCGGAUCAGGAGAGUAUGACAAAGAUGACGGACUACGCACUCCGUCUUUCCGUGAAUCAGUCAUCCGAUUACAACAUUGUUCCCGACAGCGCUGAGAUCAACGUCGCAGGAAUCUGCCUGAAUGGCACCACGCAGGACACCGAUGUAGAGAAUGGCUGCAUCUCUCUCGAGUGGCCGGAAACAAUCAUGGGGGAUAUUGCAACCCCACUUCAGCCUUGCGUUGGCGAUAAUGGUGUGCCCGUGCUCAGAAAGUGCGAAGGAAACUACACCACAGGCGCAUAUUGGGGUCCGGUGCAAGGAAGUUGCCAGGAGGUUCCUUCAGGAAGGUCACUGGACAUCCUCAAACUUUUAAGGGAGACGCUAAACUCAUACAACGUAUUAUCAGCGGCAGUGGAUCUGCGAAAUUUUACAUCUGAUACAAACGAACUGCUACCUCAAGAUGUGGUCUACGCUGUGCAGACCUUGGUGAAUAUUGCAUCAGUUCCACACAUCAGCGAACAGGUCGCGGAAAAUGUCCUCGGAUCUAUCAGCAGCAUCAUUCAAGCCAACUCUACUUCCUUGUACCUUUCUCGCAUGGCCGGUACCACAAACAAAGUCCUCUGGUCUAUGGAACAGACGGCAGCUAAUCUUGAAAACUACAUAGUUGUCCUCAAUGGGUCGACUGGCAUAGGAAAGCUCUCUGUUCCAGAAACAGGGCCCGGUGUUUACCUGAGUGCAGCCGACAAAAAAUGGAUCGAAUUUUCUAAAGCUGAAGAACUGACGGAACAUGCUGAAGUGGCCAUUGUGUUCCCACCUUUAAGAAGCUCCGACGCUCCUGAAAUAGAAAAUUUGAACCUGACGUUCGGACUGCUUUCUCAUAACGCAUUGUUCGGCAAUUAUUCCGACGCUUGGCAUCAAAAGUGCACCCAGAUAAUUCAGCUAAAAUACCCCCACCGCGAACCGGAGGGUGCUGUUUUCAGUUUUUACUUCCGCCACAAAUGUAACAAGACAACCAGCGCAACGCAGUUAAUAGCAGAGUGCGUUUUUUGGGACAUACACGCAAACGACGAAAUGGGUGACUGGUCUUCAGAAGGAUGCACUUACGUUGGCAUGGUUGAACAGUUCCACGUAUGCAACUGCACUCAUCUUACCAGUUUCGGAAUAAUAUUUAAAGAGAAAGACGUGCUGAUAGACGACAUUCACGAAACUGUUCUGAGCUACCUGACACUAAUUGGGAUCGCGCCUUCUUUGUUUGGCCUUCUCGCAGUGAUCCUUACAUAUGCCAUCUCGAAAGGAUGGAAGAAAGGUGUGGGAUAUAAAUGCCUCCUGAACCUUUCAAUUUCCUUGCUGGGAGCCUUGUUCGUGUUCGCCCUGAUAGUGAUGACGCAGAACGGCCUGAGGAACUCCUACGCUUGCAUAGGCAUGGGUGUCAUCAUGCAUUAUCUGCUCUUAGUGGCCUUCUCCUGGACUCUGGUAGAAGCUCUUUUGCAAUAUCUCCGCUUUGUUAAAGUGCUUGGCACUUACAUCCCCCACCUCGUGCUCAAGUGUGGUCUUCCUGCCUGGGGUGUACCUCUGGUAGUAGUUACUGCAGUAGUCUCAUACGAUCCACAGAAUUACAACAGCAGGCAGCAGCUGUGCUGGCCUCAAGGACGACCACUGUUGUACGGCUUCUUUCUUCCAGUCGGGCUAAUACUGGCAGUGAACAUUGUUGUCUUCAUUAUGAUCAUCUACAGCAUCUACUGCAGGCGGCAACAAGUCGCACGAAAUAAUCAGCAGUGGCAUGAGCAAGCAAAACUGAAGUUACGUGCGACAGUCUGCGUUGUAUUUCUCUUAGGGCUCACCUGGAUUUUUGCCUACGCGAGCACCAUCGAUGCGCACGGAAUCGGUCGGAUAUUCGAGUACCUCUUCGUGGUUUCCUCAACUCUGCAAGGAUUUGCCAUAUUUAUGUUCCACGUGGCGUGCGACAAGACAGCUCAGCAACUAUGGAAGGACAAGUUUGCGGACUGGAGAUGUCGUUCAACUGAAUCUGGAAGAGGACUUGGGCGUCACGAGGAUCAAGGCGUGUCGCAACAUGAAGGCAACCACUUCAACCUUGACGGACCCGCUAGGCGUAGAUCUUGAGUGCGAGCACGAGUGCAGGAAGCAGUUGCAGUCACUGCCCUUUGGGCUUCAUUUUCACUGGACAUUGUGCUUAAAGUGGAUUAGGUCCGUCAAUUUUUCUUCAACAUAACUUCAAGUGCGACCACUGUGGAUAACCAUUAUCGUGAUAGAAGGUCGGAUCGUACGCGUUUUAAUGAUCUAUAUAACGGUAGAUUAUACGUCCACGCGCGCGUUCGGUGGGAGUGAGAUGUAAAUAUUAGAUGACAAAUUAUCCAAAAUUUGCUCACCAUCUUUUAAAUGGUGAAUUCAGGGGGAAUGCGAGAUGGCAGGACUGGGGGCCAGCCGCUGCUCAAAGCCACUGUAUAAAAAAAAAACAGAAACGAGCAAAUACAUUGAAAUAAUCAUCACCAAAGUUUGCAACGCAAAUGAGCCAGAAAAAAAAAGAAAAGAAAAACGCGCAUCAGGAGUAUGCAGGAAAAGACGUCACCUUCACCUGCGGCUGGUAGUAUUGAUGGAGCCGAUUUUUUAGGCUCCUUCGUGCUGUACCGUGUAUUCGGCUUGUACCACUGGUACCCAGAACCAACUUCUGGACACUGAACGCGCGACGAGUAUAGUCAGCAUUAUCCAGUUCUGGUUAAAAUAAGGAGAUAAAACUAUGGCACUCCGGGGAAUGAGCGCCGUUCUCGAAAACGACGGGUAGCACAACGAAGACUUAUUUGCAGAUGGCAUAGAUGAAUUAGGGAGACUAGCUAAUUCGUCGGAGUAGCAUCCGGCGACAUAGCGCACAUUUUGUACACACAACUUACAAACAUUCAUUAUUAUAUACAGGGUGUCCCAGAAAACGUGUCAUUGA